GUUAGAGUUGACAUGAUGGAGAGAGAGAAAUUUAAGCAUAAUUCGAAAAUGGCGGCAGCUACGUUUGGUUCUGGAACUACAAAUACAUUGGGGACAGGCUUUUCCUUCGGGGGCACAACCACUGGGGGAACUGGUCCGGUUCCAUUUGGCUCAAGUACUCCCAGAGCUAGCGGUUUUUCAGCAAUUAAGCCGUUGGGAAUUGCGACAACGACGGCCAACACAUCUGGUUUAUUCGCGACUCCAGCCGCUACAAAAACUACCACUGGAAUAAGUUUUGGCGCUACCGGCACACAAGCAACGUCCGCUAGUACUGGACUGAGCUUCGGUCAACUCGGUAAUACUAGUACUUCUACACUCACUGCAUUCGGUCAGCCUAGCACAACAUCCGCACCUACAGGCAUUUCAUUUGGCCAACCAACGAGCUCGACUGGUCUAUCCUUAGGCGCUUCAAGUGGGUUGACGCUAGGCGGCCUUCAGGCAACAACCACAACUAGUGGUCUGUUCGGAGCUAAACCAGCUACCACAACUAGUUCUCUUUUUAGUGGUGCAAAUACAUCUGCUUUAGGCUUUGGUGGCUUAGGGACUUUGGGUGCGAAGUCAACAGUAGCUACUACUACCACUGUAACUGGUCUUGGUGGAACAGGGUCAAGCUCUACCCUACUGUCUGGAGCUACAAAUGGGAACACCAACAAGCAAGGUGAGCUACAGAAUCUCAAGGACAGUCCAUUGCCAGACAAACUCAAUGAGAUAGUGGAGCACAUCAAAAAAUAUGUGAAGGAGCAAAAAGAACAUCGUGAUGAGAUAUCACGUUACUCUGCAAGUACCAUGCAUAAAGUCCGUGAGGACACAAUAGCGCAAAGACAGUUACUUGCUGUUGUUCUGAACAGUAUCCAGAGAGAUGGGUGUUCAGUAGAAAAUCUGAAAAUGGAUGUUGCUCAAGAACUUAAGAAUGCAGAGAUUUGUCAGAGGACUAGUGACAUCCCCCCUGCCCUUCAGCAUGAGAACACACUACCACAAGAAUACUUCCACCGCCUGGUGGAGUCCUUUGAAGAGAGGAUGCAAGUCUACAAAAAACAGAUUGACAUCAUGGAGAGCCACUUAUGCUCUCUAUCCCAAGGCCAUACAUUGACACCACAAGAUCUAUCUCAAGUUAUGCACCAUGUCCAUGAGACCUUCAUCGCUUUAGCAGCUGAAUUGCAUUCUAUCCAUGAAGCAGUCAAGAUACAGAAAGAACACUUCUUAAACUACAGAAAAGCUUACUUCAAAGACCCCACUGAUGUGUUUACUGUUAGGCAGUGGCAAGUGAAUAAACCAAAUCCAGAUCUUGGAGUGGGGCCUUCUCCUUUUAACACCACUGGGAACACUGCCUCAUUGGCUACUGUUACUAACCAAGGUAGCCUCGGCAACCAACUUUCUAGCCUGAAGACCACAGGGUUUGGAGGAAGCAGUACGGGUAGCCAAGCGAGCUCGUUGGUAUCAAAUACCUUUGGGUCCAGCCUAGGCACCACUGUUAGCGGCACUUCCUCACUUGGUGGCCUUGCUAGCAACACUCUUGGUGCAACAGCAGCUGGGUCCAUUUCUGGGCUCGGUUUUGGGGCCCCGACAAACACGGGCCUUGGUGCCUCGUUUGGUGUAACACCACAGGCAACUGCCACCCCAUUCGGAACGAAGCAGAAAUUCGAACUUCAACGCCCUCCUGCUGGAAGCAAACGAGGCAAAAAGAGAUGAACAGAUGGGGAGGCUAGAGAAAUUUAGAGAGGAGGGCGCGUGCCGUUUUGGUGGGCUAACCUUGAUAAAAUCUCUCAGAUCCAUCUACCGACGCAUUCAUGGGAUUGAACUGUGCUUAUGACAUGGGGCAAAAUUAGUGAAGAUAAUGCAUGUUUCAACCGACUGGGAACCUCUUUCUAUGAAAAUUUACCCCCGCACCCCUUCUGACAAAGUUGCUAUUAAACAUCAUGUGCAUCGUUUUGUUGGAAAGGGGGAUAAACUACCAACAAUCACUCAAGUAUGAAAAGUAGCGUUUUAGGUAUAUUCUCUACUCUUUUGUCACCCGUUAAAGUUUGCAUGAUGCACUAACGACAACAAUUCUAUAUAAAUGACGAAUAAAAGUUCAGUUUUAAUUA